GUACUUCGACUGUCAAUCGUAAUCAGGACGAUGCAAUUGCCUUGUUGAUGAAGGAGCAAGAAGAAUUGAAAGCAAAAAUGAAUUUGAACUGUUGGGGUGCAAAAGAAGAUGAAGUUGAUGGAGGAUGAGAUCCGUUCAUUGAAGCUUAUGCAUGAAAGUGCUGUACAGGAGGCUGAGACGUGGAAACGGGAGGCGCUCCAUUCUGGCAACAAACGGACUCAUAUUGCGUUGUCACCUUCUGCCAAGAGUGGAUUACAAGUCACUCCGGUGAAGUCUGCUGCUGGGAAGCGUACCUUAGGCGAUCCGAGUCGACUGGUGAAACUUCAUAACCUGGAGGUCAACGCAUUGAAGGAAUUGAGGUUGCAAGAAUUGAAUCGACGAAGAGAAGACGAACAACAACUUGCCGAAAUGAAAGAACGGUUGACGAAGUUGGAAUCAGAGAAACAAACCCCACGUACCAAUCUACGAGAAAGACUCGAUGAGGUUGGGCGCUCUGCUGAAGGACGUACGGGCAAAGGCAAGAAAAAGUCGAGUGAUCCGCUGAUGGGAACAAGAGUGGCGCAAUGUGAAGCGUUCAUGAAGGAAACCAGAAAGGAGUUUCGGAACAUGAAGAAGGAUGACGUUGUUGCCAUCUGCGAUAAGGAAGGCAUCAAGUACUCUACAUUACACGAGUCGGUUACAAAGAUUAUUACUAAACGGGCUGAUGCCGCAUUUCCUAAUAACAAGGGUAAGUCGAUUUUUAUCGAAGAGAUCUCUGAUGACGUCUGUGGAAAGGGAGGAGAAGGUGAAACCAAUGAUGGGAGGGAUUCUGCUGAAUCUUAGAAUCUCUCCCAAACGUGACUAGUUUGUGGUUGGUCGCCAGGUCUUGUGCUCGAAUUAGAUACC